AUGUUGAGCGAAACGAAAGCAUCCGAGAUAUUUAACCAGUUUGCAACUGUUGGAGCCAAUCAGGAAAAAAUUUUGACGUUACCUGAUUUCAUCGAUAUUCUUGCACCCUUCCCAAUCGAUAUACCAAAAAAUGCAUUUUCACUUUUGUAUUUAAUCGCUGAUACUGAGAAAAAAGGAUUUGUUACUGAAUCUAACUGGAUCAAUUUUAUAGACACUUUAACUUCUUCAGACGGCGAGUACAAGUUGCUAUACAAAUUUCUCUCCAAUGACAAUAAACUUGAUUCAAAGAUAACAUAUACACAAUGUGUUGACAUUUUGAACAAAAUCAAUAGUUCAAUUGACCCCAAGUAUCAACAAAAAUUGAUCAAGUUGAAUUGGGUUUAUUUCCCAAAAUUUUUCGAGCCCUCUGGCUCAAUUGAGUUUAAUGAUUUCGUGACCUUGAUUAGUUAUUUGCCAGUGACAAAGUUGAUUGGUAAUUUUGAAGUAGCUUCAAACCAUAAAAAACAAGUUUCUGGUGAACAAUUGGUGAAUUUGUUGUCUACAACUUUGAGCCACAAACUUUCAAACAAGUUAAAGAGUAACUUGCACAAUGUCACUGGGUUUUUUGGUAAUAAAAAUGAGUACUCUUUUUCCAAUUUGUUGUUCAUUUAUGAUACUUUGAACAAGGUCGAUUUGAUAAAUGAGGUUAUAGUGAAUACACCGCCAACUACAAAGGACAAAAAAGAUAUCAUUAUCAAUAAGAAGGAUUUGUAUAACCACUUGAAUGAUCCAUUAUUGAAAUCGGCUAAUUUCAAACCAGUUUCUAUUUUGGAGUUGGAUUUGUUGUUUUACUUGAUCAACCAACUGAGUGUAGACAACAUUCCUCGGAGACAAUUGGUUUCGUUUUUGAAUCCUAGCUUCAACAACAACUUGAAUUCUUUGCCUUCAAUUUUCGAUCACCCGCAAAGUACUCACUCAUUAAAGGAAUCGAGCGAUAAUUUUUCAUUGUGGCCAAUUUAUGAUUCCUUAUAUUCGUUUUUCCUUGGUUCAAUUGCUGGAUGUAUUGGUGCAACAGCAGUUUACCCAAUAGACUUGGUGAAAACAAGAAUGCAAGCACAAAAGCACAAGGCGCACUACAAUAAUUCAUUAGAUUGUUUCAAAAAGAUUCUUAGAGCAGAAGGUUUCAAGGGUUUAUACUCGGGUUUGGGAGCUCAAUUAGUAGGAGUUGCUCCUGAAAAAGCUAUCAAGCUUACUGUCAAUGAUUUGGUACGUAAAAUAGGUACGCAAGACAAUGGUCAAAUUACAAUGAAUUGGGAAAUUCUUGCUGGUCUGUCAGCUGGAGCUUGUCAAGUCAUCUUUACAAAUCCUUUGGAAAUUGUUAAAAUUAGAUUGCAAAUGCAAGGUAACACCAAGAAUUUGAGUAAACCAGGAGAAAUACCAAUCAAGCACUUGACUGCAUCACAAAUCGUAAGACAAUUGGGUAUCAAGGGAUUAUACAAAGGAGCAAGCGCUUGCCUUUUGAGAGAUGUACCAUUUUCCGCUAUUUAUUUCCCAACAUACGCCAACUUGAAGAAAUACAUGUUUGGAUUUGAUCCAAAUGAUGACACAAAGAAACAAAAAUUAUCGUCUUGGCAAUUGUUGGUAGCCGGUGCUUUGGCCGGUGCACCAUCAGCAUUUUUCACCACGCCAGCAGAUGUCAUAAAAACCAGAUUGCAAGUGGCUGGAAAGAAGAACGAUAUCAAGUACAGAGGUAUUAUUGAUUGUGGUGCGUCAAUCCUAAGGACAGAAGGUUUAUCAGCUUUUUUCAAAGGCUCAUUGGCCAGAGUGUUUAGAUCAUCACCACAAUUUGGGUUCACAUUGGCAUCAUACGAAUUGUUGCAGAAUCUUUUCCCCUUGCACCCACCAAAUACUCGUGAGUCAAACUUCAAGGCUAUCAGUGGAUACCCAGGUGUUUAUAACUUGACAAACGAUCAAGUUUACAACUCGCAAGGAAAGGGUGAUAGAGUGAUUUACUUACAAAAAUCAGAGAUGAGCAACUCAGCACAACAUGAUAUGUUGGUCAAGUUACCUGCUGAUUACACUUAUAAAUCACAAGAUGCAAUCAAAUUGCUCUUGGAUAUUGAUUAUAAGUUUGGCAAUUUUAACUAUAAUUCAUACUUGAAUUACAUUCAAAAAAAAUAG